AAGACAAAAAAAAAUAUCAACAUGUUGACUUUGCCAAAAAGAGUUGCCCUAGCUAUCUAAUCUUAAUCGAUUUUGGCUAUUCUACAUAUACAUGUACAUUCAAUAUAAACGAAGAUUAUUAACAUGAUAUAUAUCCUCAAAAGAAAAAAAUUAGACAGAAAUUCAAAAAACAAAAAAAGUUAGCAAUUUUUGCUGAAAAUGUAUGUAACAAGGCCUCUUUCUUACUACCAAAAGAAUCCAGAUGCUCUUUCAUUACCUCCUGAAGGUCCAAAUUCAGGUUACUUAGUGAUUCAAGAUGAAGAAUCUGAAACUUAUUGCUGUUUUGGACUUUGCAAAAAUUAUGAUAUCUUGGACUUCCCUUUCCCUCAGAACAAGAAGCUGACCGUUCGAUACCAAUCGGGUGGUGGUGAAAACAGCACAGUUAGCAGCGACGAUGUAAUGUUCAUUCCAGUUCUUAAUAAGCCAUUAUCUUCCAAUCAAUAUUAUGCUAUCAAGCCUCAUGGGAAACACAAGGGACAAGCAUUUACAUGUUCAACGGAGGAAGACAAACAAACCUGUUGUUUCUGCAGAUGCAUACGAGACGUUAAACCGAAGCCAUUAGAUCCAGAGGAGGCAUAUCAGCAGUUUGAGAUAUGUCUAUAUGAUACAUGUUGCAAUGCCAAAGGUAACUUUUUUGCUAAGUCUCUUGCACCAGAUGGUUUUCCACCGUACUUUCUGAGGCAAAAAGGCUGGCAUCUUCUUGCUGAAACUCCUAAAAAUUUUGAACUAAAUGAUGAUGCUGUAGGCCUCAAUGUUGAGUUGAGGCAACAACUUCCAGAGUUCAAUUUCACAUCAUCUUGUAAGAGCUCCGAAGUCGUCGUUGUGGGGAAAUGGUAUUGUCCUUUCGUAUUUAUCAAAGAUGGAACAGUACUUAAAGAACAGAUGAAGAGAUCGAUGUUCUACGAAAUGACGCUUGAGCAGAGAUGGGAGCAGUUUUUUACUUGUCAAAAUGACAACAUUAAUGAAGGGAACUCAGUACUUGUGGAUGUUGCUCUUGACACAGAAGUUGUCCUGAUUGCCGGAACUACUAAAGCAACAUGGGAUGAUAAAAAUAUCAUUGAAGGCGUAAUAUGGUUUAGAAACUACGAUAAAGAUGGAAAUGAAGUAACAAGUUUGGGAUUAAGACGAGAAAUAGUUCAAAGAAUGAAGUGGGAGCAAGAAAGAGCUGGAUGGCAAAAUCAAGGGAGGAUCAAAAAAGUAGAACAAUACAAAGAAAUUAGUACUAAAUGGAAAAGAUUCAGUUGCUAUGUUUUGGUUGAGAGGUUUGUAUUGAGAAGAAUGGAUAGAAGCUUGGUGAUGACUUACGAUUUCAAGCACAUUGACAAGGUUAAGAGCAUAUGGGAGUGAUGUUCAGUAGCAUAUGCAAAAAAAAAAAAAUAAGUGAUGCCGGCUUAUUAUAUCAACUUGAUGUGUAUACGAGUAUAGAUUUGCAACUUUGGGGUUAUAUGAUUUACUUUCUAUGCAGUUUUAUGUAGUGUUGAUGUUUCUGUGUGCAUGUGUGACUAUUUUGUAUAAAAGUUUUAAGUUAUAUACACUGAGAAUGUAUUAAAUUCUAUCACUGUAAUUUAACAGGUUGUAGGUCAAUACUCUACUUUCAAUGUUGUCAUAUCAGGCUUACUAUGAAGAA